GUGGUUGUGGUAGGUAUGUGUACUUGGUAGGUACCACCUACCUAUAUUUUGUUUCAUGUGAGUGGCAGUAUUUGUUAUAGUUCCCUGGCUGGAUUUUCCCGUGUCAAAUAGAAUUAAUUUAUAAAAUUCAACGCCAGCAUCUGUACAAAGAUGUCAUCACCACGCCCUAAAUCUCCUCGUACUCCUGUUUUGUCCAAAAAAGACGAGAAAGAAGAAUCAAUAUGGGAUAAACUUGGCACUAUUGGACGCAAGAAACGCAUAAAGGAAGUUCAGGAAGUACAAGCUGAGGGCAAGCAUGCUAUAGAUUCUCCUGGUAGUCCCACCGCACCAGAAGUACCUCCUGAGGAGUAUAGUCUGUUGGAAAAUGAAGAAAGGGCGAUUAUUGAUCCAAAAUCCCAUGAAGAUCCCAAAGUGAAGGAACUGAAACAAGUUCUUAUUGACUGGAUCAAUGAUGAGUUAGCCAUGCAAAGGAUUAUUGUCAAAGACAUUGAAGAAGAUCUUUAUGACGGCCAGGUCCUGCAAAAGCUCUUGGAAAAAUUGACAAAAACUAAAUUAGAUGUACCUGAGGUCACUCAGUCUGAAGAAGGACAAAGACAAAAACUGGCAGUAGUUUUGAGAGCUGUCAACAAGGUGCUGUUUGGAUCUACAAAGCCUGCUCAAAAAUGGAAUGUGGAUUCUAUUCAUUCUAAAAGUGUUGUGUCUAUAUUACAUUUAUUGGUGGCUUUAGCUCGUCAUUUCCGUGCUCCUAUACGUCUACCCGAAAAUGUUAAGGUUGCAGUAGUAGUUGUGAAGAAGGAGAAUAGCCAGGGCAUGCAAUUGUCACAUAGAAGUUACAUGGAAGACAUAACUACCACUUAUGAUGACCUUGGAAUGAAGUGUGAAAGGGAUGCCUUUGAUGCUCUCUUCGAUCAUGCUCCUGACAAGUUACAAGUAGUGAAAAAGUCCUUGAUAACUUUUGUCAACAAGCAUUUGAGUAAGGUAUAUUUGGAAGUCACAGAUCUGGAUACUCAGUUCCACGAUGGAGUUUAUCUGUGCCUUCUGAUGGGUUUACUGGAAGGAUUCUUUGUUCCACUUUACGAUUUCCACCUUACACCACAGAAUUUUGAUCAGAAAGUUCAUAAUGUGUCAUUUGCCUUUGAACUCAUGCAAGAUGUUGGACUUGCAAAGCCGAAGGCUAGGCCUGAAGACAUUGUCAAUCUGGAUCUGAAGUCAACUCUGCGUGUGCUGUAUAAUUUGUUUACUAAAUAUAAAAACAUGCCAUGAAAUUAAAUAUUUAAAGUAGCCAUUUAUUCUGGCUUUAACCCAUAGGAUAGGGCAAAAGGUUUUAACAUAGACAUAGGAAAUGUCCAACUGCCCGACAUGUGUGAUAUCUCGGACAUGUAUUGGCAGUAUUGGGUGCAGUAUUUGGGCAUCAUAUUGCCCACUUUUCAUCUGGUUUUCUCUUCACCUACUGGCAUUGUGUCUUUACGGCAUGCCAUGGCUUAUGUAAAUGCAUAAGAUAUGGUGAAAGUUGGAGCGUUGGCUCUUAUUGUUUUUCUAACUGUGUUCAUUUGUUAUACAUAGAAUUUAUUUAACUUUAUUAAUCCAUAAUCAAAUAUUUACUAAAUGUUUGUGCCUUAUAUUUGUAACAUAAGUAAAUAAUUACUAACGCUA